UUAAAAUAAGUACAUAGAUUUUUCCGACAGAAGUGUAUCGCUACAAAUCAUUUCAAAGAAAAAAUAAUUUUUCUCAACAUUUGAAACUAGAUUUACAUUUUAAAAAUUUCUAAAUAAUUUAUUAAAAUGGCAGACGGAUAUAUGACAGCUAAUAAAAUGUCUCAUCAUGCUCGCGAGAAGGAGGAAAAACGAGCCCAAGAGCGACGGAGAAAUUUGACGUAUCUCGUGACUGACUUUCUACGAGAACAGGGGUACACAAAUACAGCACACGCUUUAGCAAAUGAAGCCCGUUUGUCUGGAGAUGUUCAAGUUUGUGAUAAUAUCGAUCUUGACACAAUCCUGCUUGAAUAUUCUGAUUAUUAUUUUGCCAAAUUCAAUAAAUACCCUAAACUUUGCAAAAAGUGUGAACCUUCAUUAAACAAUCUCUCGCUGCAGAAUCCAGGGAAGAAGGAAAAGACAAACAAGAAUAUUAGAAAAUCUGCAGACGAAAAUGAUCUAGUCAAAGGAACAGCUCAUAAGGAAACAAAUAUUUUAGCCAUCGAACCAAAUCUAGAAAUUACAGUAACUCCCAUUUUUGCAAUUCCUCAUGAAGGAAACAAUGCUCGAAAUCAAAAUAAGAACCUAAAUAGGGAGAACAAUUAUAUUAAAGAAAAGGUUCUAAAGCCAAUUGGAGAUUUGUAUCCAGUUGGAUCGGACUGGAGAGAAAUUGCCGACAUUAUUUCCAAAGAAAUCGUACUGACGAAUUUAAAUGUUCAUUGGAGUGAUGUAAAAGGUUUGGACGAGUGUAAAGUUCAACUGAAAGAAGCCACCGUUUAUCCUCUGAAGUAUCCUUCCCUUUUUUGUGGAAAAAUUAAACCAUGGAGGGGAAUUUUACUUUACGGCCCUCCAGGAACAGGAAAAACUAUGCUCGCUAAGGCAGUUGCAACAGAAUGCGAAGCAACAUUUUUUAAUGUGACCUCAAGUUCUAUCGUCAGUAAAUGGAGAGGAGAAACUGAAAAAUACAUUCGAGUUCUCUUGGAUCUUGCAAAACACUACGCCCCUUCGAUCAUUUUUAUCGACGAAAUCGAUUGGACAGCGAUAAGUAACGACGAUUCUGCAAUGUCAAAAUCUGAGCCAAGUAGAAGAUUCCGAGCUGAAUUGCUUGCAAGAUUGGAUGGAUUAUUAACAAUGGAAAAUGCAAAUAUAUUAUUGCUAGCAGCCACAAACAUUCCGUGGGAUUUGGAUGCAGCCUUGCUACGAAGAUUAGAAAAACACAUUCACGUGGGCCUUCCUGACGAGAAAACUCGAUUGGAAAUUCUCGGAACUUACGUUUCUGAAAGUGUAAUUUCUACUUCAGAAUUUUCAGACCUCCUAAAACAAACAAGCGGAUUUUCUUGCGCCGAUGUCAAAUUAUUAUGUAAAGAAGCCUGGAUGAAGCAAUUGCGUCCAAUUUGGAAGUACCUGGAAAGCAAUCACGUCAUGAUAAAUGACGUCGAAUGUGAUAGCUUCAUCAAUAAAAUUAAAUACCUCAAAAAAGCGAUGGAACUUAUCAGACCGGUUUCAGCAAAUCUUGAAAUUAGAUACAAAGAAUGGAACAAAAUUGAUAAACGGGAUUCGCAAAACACUUUAGUAAAAAAUGCAACUUCACAGCAAACUGAAGAAUGCGAACCAGCAGAUGAAGAUAUUAUUUUUAAAUCUAGAAACUAUUCACCUUUAGAUUCUAUUCCCCCUGAUUUAUCAUCAGGAUGGCAAAGAAUUGAGCUUUAAUAGAAAUAAAAUGUAUUUUGAAAG